GGGCGGCGCGGCCACCAGGGGGGGUGCUGAGCUCAGAGCUGCCGCAGCGCCAGAGCUGGAGCCGGAGCCAGCGGAGCCGGAGCGCGGGAGUAGCAUCCUUGGUAGCAGCGCACCCAAGACCGGAGCACUGCUGCGCUGCUGCUCAGGGCGGGUGACACGAGCGCCUGACCACGGCCGGACCCCACUUGCCCCGAGCCCAACCUUGCCCAGCAUAGCCCAGCCCCAGCGUCUGCUCGCCGCUGCCGCCACCACAGCUCCAUCCCCAGCCCGGCCCCGAAACCCAGGCCGCCAGGAUGGACGUGUUCAUGAAGGGCCUGUCCAUGGCCAAGGAGGGCGUUGUGGCUGCAGCCGAGAAAACCAAGCAAGGGGUCACCGAGGCAGCAGAGAAGACCAAGGAGGGCGUCCUCUACGUCGGAAGCAAGACCAAAGAGGGAGUGGUACAAGGUGUGGCCUCAGUGGCUGAGAAAACCAAGGAGCAGGCAUCACACCUGGGAGGAGCUGUGUUCUCCGGGGCUGGGAACAUUGCAGCAGCCACAGGCCUGGUGAAGAAGGAGGAGUUCCCCACAGACCUGAAGCCAGAAGAGGUAGCCCAAGAAGCUGCUGAGGAGCCACUGAUUGAACCCCUGAUGGAACCUGAAGGGGAGAGUUAUGAGGAAACACCCCAGGAGGAGUAUCAGGAAUACGAGCCAGAGGCCUAAGGGUCCAGGA